AUGACAACUAGGCUAGGAAGUGUGGCCCGUAAGGCAAGCCCUCCUCCUCAGGGACCUCAUCACAUGCGUUUUCUAACCGAGGAGGAAAGCUGGAGUUUAUUUUGUGCGAAUGUUUUUGGAAAAGAUCGCUGCCCUUGUGAACUCGAACCAAUGGGUAAGAAGAUAGUCCAAAAUUGUCUACGACUGCCACUUGCAAUUGUUGUGAUUGCAGGACUUCUCUCAAAGGCCACGAGAACAGUACAUCACUGGACAAAUGUUGGAGAAAAUCUGAGUUCGCUGAUAGAUUCAAAUGGUGAACAAUGCUCAAAGAUACUAUCUUUAAGUUACAAGAAUUUGCCUCAUCAUUUGAAAGCAUGUUUUCUCUAUUUCGGAAUCUUUCAAAAAUACUCGGAUAUCAAUGUUUCCACACUUUUCAAGUUAUGGGUUGCCGAAGGAUUUAAAAAUUCAGCAGAAAAUAAAACUUUGGAAGAUAUGGCUGAGGAAAACUUGUUAGAUCUUGUUGAUCGGAAUCUUAUUUUGGUUUCUGAAAGGAGUUCCAUAGGUAAAAUCAAAAUGUGCAUGAUCCAUGAUCUGUUACAUGACCUAUGUGUGAGAGAAGUUCAAAGAGAGAAGUUUUUUCAUGUCACGGACUGGAAUCUCCAUAGUAUUCCCAAUGGCAAUAGCCUGCGCCGUUUAAUCUUACCAAGUGUUUCAGUAAAGUCGUCAACUGAUUGGCAACUCAGUGUCUUGAAUUUGGGAACUGAUCAUCCAACUGAAAUGGCAAAAUUAUUUAACUUACAGUACCUCGCUUCUAGCUACGUUAAUAAUUGGAGGCUUCCUGCAUCAGUAUACAAACUCCGAUAUCUACAAACCUUAAUUCUUUACGACACCACAGUUCCAGUAUCUCUGACACCCGAAAUAUGGACGAUGACGCGGUUGAGGCAUCUCCAGUUGGGGAAAUUUAUUCUUCCUGAUCCUCCUAGAGCUGAAAAUUCUGUUAUCGUUCUUGAAAACUUACAAACGCUCUCCACUCUGAUAAAAUUCAGAUGUACAGAGGAGAUCCUGGAAAGGGUUCCCAAUCUCAAGAAAUUGGGAAUCUGUCUGGAAGAUGUACAAAUGGGUUUGGAAUAUUUCUAUCUCAAGAAUCUCGUCCAUCUACAUCGACUUGAAUCUUUGAAAUUCUUAUUUCUCGUGUCGACGCCAUCUUUCUUGGAAAACAUCAUUUUCCCGUCUUCGCUCAAAAAAUUAACUUUAGAUGGCAGCUGCAUCCGUUGGGAAGAUUUGACGACUAUUGGUAAGUUGCCUUCUCUUGUGGUGCUCAAACUCAAAAAUUUUGCCUUCUAUGGAAGACCAGAGUGGGAACCAAAUGAAGGAGGAUUUCGUCAACUGAAAUAUCUACUGCUUGACAAAGUUCGUCUUCUGCACUGGAGAGCUGACAGGGACCACUUCCCAGUACUCGAGCGCCUAGUCAUUAAGAACUGCCAAACAAAGAAAAUAAAAGAGGAACAACUACGGAAGUAUGGAAAUGAGGACCUUCAGAUCCUUAUUAAUAAGGUACGCAAGAAGAGAGACAAAGCUGCAUCUGACCGGAGAUACGAAAGAUUUGUGUCUAAGCAGAGGAACAACAGAACUUCCCCUCUUUGCAGAUGA